AGUUUUUCUCUCUACAGCUGUAGCCAUCUGAGUAGAACUACAAAUAUGAUCAUUUGUUCCACAGUUUUGCUAUGGGAGGAAGUACUGAGACAUGAGCACAAUAAAGUUCAUUAUGCUUCAGGAUACAGGGCUGAAAAGCAAAUAUCCUCAGACUUCCUUCGUUUUUAAAAACAUAGUCCGUGUAGUAGUCCUAGAAUAGGAGAGAAGCUUUACAAGCGCUGAGGUUCUGUUAGCAUUCUUGCAGCACUCUCCAUCUACAUCAAAUGUAGACAUUUCCGUGCUAUACCCCGAUACUUUGCUUUCUCUGCCCCUCUGUACCAGAUGGCAGCGGUGCAAGGUUGCAUUCCCUGCACAUUUCAAAACGGAUGCAAAGCACUGUUCCAACGACAGUAUAAUAAAGCUGUUUGGGGAGGGAGUAUGACUGGUAAGCAAACAGCAGAAGUGCAGUACUGUUUGCUUCCUGAUGAGAGGGCAAAGCUCGGAGGUGAGCUGUGCUGGAUCUGGUAAGACAAUAAACAGUAAUGUCUGGUCUGCACACUAUUUUUCCAAACUACCUUGUGACAAAAUCUAGUAUAGUUAAAUCCAUCAAAGUCCUUAGCUUUAAGUGCAGCUGUACCUUAAUAAGCACAUCAUUUGCAUCACCUUGAGUUCUCAGAUCAAGGAAACCUUACUUAAAAAUACCACGGCAUUCUUCAGCAAAGACACAGAGGUCUUCAUGAACACUCACUGUGGUGGCACCAUUUUGCGUGGAUGACUACAAAGGACAGAAAUCUUUUCAAAUAUUAGCUUAAGCUCCAUAGAGUCUGCUGUCCACAUUGAAGGCUUGCUGUUAAACAAGAUAAGGAUUGCAGGGUAAUAUGGGUGAAUUCUCCUAAUUCUCCCCUGAGUGUGAAAUCUCUUCCUAAAUGCCUUUGUUUCCUAACAGGCAGGAAAAGAAUGAAGCGUGAAGGAGGAGGAGGAGGUGACUCUUGUUGCUUCCAGUACCCCAGGCUUAAGGACAGCUGAAACUGGAACAUGUUGAGUUAAUGUAUAGCAAACCAGAGCCAAACUUCUUUUAACGCAAGAAUAGUGACAUUUAAAUAUGAAAACAAGAAGUCGGUGGGAAUGCUCUGCAUGUUCACUGCUGAUUGCUGGUUUUCCAAAGUUUGGGUAGUACUUUGCUUGCAUAAGAAGUCUUACCAGCCUUUAUAGCUGAUGCAGCACCACUGAGUUGAAAGCAAACAGGAGUUCAUAAUCCGCUGGCGUUUACUCCGAGGCAGCUUAGUUUAUGUGCUCUUACAUUAAACAACAGCGCCAGCUUGAGUUGUGUGCAUCGCCUAGCCCUGCGCGUGCAGCAGAGCUUGGGAAAGCUUUUCCGCUCUGAUUUAAAUGCUUUUGGUUAGAUCCCCUCGAAGUCAACAGGAAUUUUGCCACUCUACAAACUCCUUUCUCUUUAUCUGUUGGAAAAAAGGUGCUUUCCCUCUAUCCAGAGGGCACAGACCAGGUCACAAGCAUUCAGCUUUUUAAUCUGAUCUGAACCCAAACACCUCUGUUGUCUGGACUUUGUUCUGGACUAUUAGGUCAAAUACAGUUGCAGAUUGCUACAGAGCUACCCCAAACUGGUAUGGAUAUGUUCCAGAGAGAGCCCGGAUCAGAAGUGGCAUUUUCUGAAAAGACAGCAUGGGAAAUAGUUUUAAGGUCUGAUAUUUGAUUCCACCCUCAAUAAUUUGCAAAGAAAAAUCCAUUGUGCAAAAGAGAUAUUUCAGUGCAGAAUCAGAGAAACUAAAGAAUUCACAAGGUUAUGAUUUAGGUAUUGAAUUUUCCACUAAGCUUAUUUAGUUGGAGUGCCGUGUACCAAAUUUGUGUCCAUGGAGAUGGUGUUAAGUGUUUCUUUGCCUAUUAGGUAUCUCAUUGUAAUUAAAUGAAGAUGCAAAAUCAGGAUGAAUUACUCACUCCGCCUGUACAGUCAUAACUUCUCCAUGCUAGUAAGCACUGCUAGGAAAAGCAAAUGUGUUCCUAAGCAUAGUGUUAGCGAUGUACCACAGCUGAAAGUCUGCAAGCGCACCCUAAGCGAAAAAUUCUGGCUUUCCCCUCUAACGCAGCUCCGGGACACAUAUUCAAAGAGCAGCAUCGCUUGUCUCACCGGGGAAGAACUUGGAAAUUUCAUACAAAACCUGGACGUAAUCGAAAAUGAAGAAAGAGAGGCUGACCCCUGCUGGCAAGUAAAGUGGCAACUGGGAAAGUUAAUUAAAAAGAUGAUGUCAAGAAGCUAUGAGGAAAACACAUCUGCAGUGAACGCGGAAAGAGCCCUAACGUUUUCGAGCACCAGCGAGCAGCCGCCCCAGAAUCCGGCGUACCGAAUAGCAGCUCACCUAACGGGGAACAGCAACAGGAAGAAUUCUUUAUCCCCACACAAUUCCUCACCCAGAAGAGGCAGUGGCCAAAAAAUAAGCAGCUGGGAAUCCUCAAGGAAAGGCCAUUCUUUCCUUUACAAUGUGGAGCUGAGAAACGGAGAGCUAGUGAUACCCAAAACAGGCUUUUAUUACAUCUACUCGCAAACUUAUUUUCGUUUCCGUGAGAACGAGAACGAGGACUCAGAUUUACUGGCACAAAUCAGAAACCCUAAACAGCUGGUCCAAUAUGUUUACAAACUGACUAAUUAUCCAGAGCCAAUUUUGCUCAUGAAAAGUGCAAGAACAAGCUGUUGGUCUAAAAAGGCAGAGUAUGGACUUUACUCCAUCUACCAAGGUGGCGUUUUCCAGCUGAAAAGGGACGACAGGAUUUUUGUCUCUGUCAGCAAUGGCGAUAUAGUUGACAUGGACAAAGAAGCAAGUUUUUUUGGAGCCUUUUUGAUCAGCUAAAAGGCUAAAACCAUGCUCCAAAGGAAAGUGUUUGCAUAGUUAGGACCAGCUUAAAAUUCUGUAAAAUCGGGGGUAAAAAGCAAACAGUAUUGACAAUACCAGACUCCCCAUUCUCAGCUCCCUCAGUGGAAAAGGUCUGACCGUGCUGAAAUAUCCUCCGAUGAGCUGAUAAGGAGGAACGGCAGAUGGUUGCAGCUGCACAUUUGCAGGAGCAAACGCCACGUCUCGCUUCCCAGCAGGCUUUGGGAAGAGCAAGGGUUUGACACGUCCCAGGCGAUACCUUGGGCGAGAGUCAGCCCACGCACACGCAGGUAAGCGCUCUCCCAGCAUCGCCGCCGAAAUGUCCCCAACCAGCUCAGCUGUGGCACUCUGGACACCGGAUAAGCAGAGCUGUGCAGGGGCUGCUCCGAGUCCAGUUACUUCAGGUUGAGACUGGAAAUCAAAUUGUACUUGUGGUCUGCAUUUGGACUCUGUCUUGAAUAUCUCAGCUCUUCUAAGGAGCCUUCACAAGUACUGGAUGCCAGUGGAAUUGCUCUGGAAGGACUUAGCUUGUAUUUGAAUCUCAGUUUUACAAGAGUGAAAGGCCAUCGGCAAUUCAAAAGACACAUCUUCACCUAAUCUAACAAAGCACUUAAGCGCCUAAUUAAUUUUAAGCACAUAAACAGUCUGACUAAAAGGGGAUAUGUUCGUGCUUGAACCUAAAUACGCGCUUAAGCAUUUUUCAGGAUCAAGGCUUGAAUAAACACGAAUCAAUCUUAAUCAGUAUAUUGAACAUUAAAAAAAGAAAACAGCUGCUGAAAUGGCACAGAAGAGGUUUUGAAAUCAGUCAAUAUUUUAAGAUCACAGCACAUUAUGAUAGUGCCUAUUUACUUAAUUGAUGUACUGCAGAGAUUUCACCAGGCUGGCAAUAAGUUCAGUAACACAAUUGCUGCUACUCUUGCUGACAGCAAGUGCGUGACCCAGAAGAAGGUGUUUUCCUUCAAACGUUGACUUGUAUUAGGCAUUUGCCACAAAUUGAGCAUGACAUGGUUCUUCCACGUUUACGUGGACUGGCCUAGUCCUGGUAGGAAGCCACGCAGAAUAACGCACCCUGAUGACUAGUAUUUCAAGGAAAACGUACAAAGCUAUCUGUACUUAAACACGAGCUACAAUUUAGGCAAUGCCGUUUCAAUUUUUGUUUUGUUUGCAGGAAAGGGUGGACAUUUUUUGUAACUUUUUUUAAACUUACACUGGCCAUUGCAUUUGUUAACUGCAUGACUAGGACUAUUUUGUAUAUAUAUAUAUAUAUAUAUGUAUGUAUAAAAAAAAUUUGCUAGUUUAAGCUGUGUGAGCCAGAGCUACAGAAUAAAUCACCUAGCAUAAAUCAGCACCUCCACAACAGCGUCAGUGGAGCUGUGCCACAUUGCACUGUGCGUGCGUUUUGACCAGGUUGAGAGAAAACAAUGAGGAGAAGAAGGUGAAAGUGAAAAAAACUAGGGAGGAAGGAAGAGAGCUGCUCUGCCAUCGUUACUUGAAGUCAACAGAACGAUGCCAGGAGGAAAAUCUGGUAGUCUGUCUUUUAAUAUAUUAAGGUUGCCUUGGGAACCUUCAAAUUAUGCUAAUUAACAAAUCACUGUACAGCCCUUGCAUAUUGGCCUCGGGAGUAAACACGUGCCUCAUUCAUCGUACUACCUGCUUUCUCAACGAGAGGAAACAAACCGACACAACCACUUAUUUUGUCACCCAGAAAAGCAGUUACCUUGGUUGUUCACUUAAACACCUGUGUAUGAGCAGCAAGAGAGGGACUUCAGAAAUACCUUUUUCUUCACAGGGUAGAGCGAAGAAACGCGCACUGGCGUCCACCUAAGGUUAUGAUUCCAACCUGUGUUUGCUGUUUUACCACAGAGUUGAAUUUUGCUGCUUUCAGUGGUAAUCAGAUAUGUGAAUUUCUCCAUCGUUUACUGGAAUGAAUACUUUGAUUCGGCUCAUUCUCAAAUCAUCUACUUCAGCACAGAACUGGAAAUAUUUUGACAAAAGUUUUGUCCAGUUUUCUUCUGUACUUAAUUCAGAAAUGGUCUUCCCAAUACGAAAAGCUAGGUAGUACAAAACCAUUCCCUACAUACCCAAAUGCCUGCUAUAUUGGUGAAAAGACUUUGGCAGCUGCUUAUCUUUACAAACAGCCCAGGCUUUUUAUCUAAGCCUAGGAUUGACUCAUUUUAUCAAACUUUCUGGCAACUCAGUCUAUUAAGAAGUUAAAAUGGUUAAAAAAAUUAAGAAGUUAUUUUAAGUGCUUAUUUGAAAGAAAAACAUUUGAACUGUGAAAAAAAAAAUCAGAUUUAUUGUGGCAGCUUAGAAUGAGAACCCUCCAUAUGGCUAACAAAUGAUUUACAUAACCCAGCAGUCGUGCUCUGCUAAAAAGGACUGGAAGGAAACUGUGGAAAUAUGGGAAACUACACAAACUGAGAGCUGACAUUAAGACAAACUGUCUAUUACACACAGCUUUUUUUUUUACUCCAUGUCACUCUUCCAACUCCCAAUAUAUAAUAUCAUGCCAACUUGUUUAGGAAAUGCUUCCGGGCAUUAUCUUCUUUCUUAUCUAAAUAUACAUAGUCUUGGUCUCUGCGUGCAGACCAUAGCCCAACUGGGAACAUACUGAAUAAUUGCAUUUUAUUUCUGAAUAAUCCAAAGCCAUGCUUGCCAGACAUUGUCCUGGGGAGAGACUAUAAAGCAGUAUCAGACAGGGCACAUUUGAAGAUGAAUGGAAAGAUGGAUCAACUUCCGUUGGUAGAUUUGCACCCUGAAUCAUCCUUUUCAUCUCACUUCUGUACGCCAAAUGGUAAAUGUAGCAAAUUUUUAUUUGUGGGUGUAGGUUGCAGUAACAUACAAAUUUGUACAAAUUUUUUUACAUAUAUUUUAUAUAAAACAUUUUUAGUAAAUAAUUAUUUAGUCUUGCAGUGAUUAUUGGUCUCAUUCUGUGGCUCCCGUAACAACAACCCAAUCUGAAAUCUUUCCUCUGACAACUGGUUGGUAUCAGGUAUAACUCAUUGAAUGCCACAAGGGAGACUGUACUGGUUGCGAUGCAAAGGGCAUAACAGAAGCACUCGUGUGCUGUUAUCUCAUGUACAACUGACUUCCUGACCCCAGCUGGUGAGCAGCGUCUGGAAGCGGGCCACCGAAGAAGAUGCUGAAAAUGAUUUCACGACCAGAGACUACAAAACGUUGAACACUUCCCUUGAGGUUUUUCUCAGGUUUCUAGGCUUCGGUAAUAAUUCAAGCACUGGAAAAUCUAUUUAGUAUGGAAACGCCUCAUCCUUACCAUUACCGAACUGUAGCAGAGGAUAUAUUGAAUUCACAGGGACGGUGAACUGGAGGUCCCGCGUUGCUGGUUUAAGCACUGCACAUACAUAUGUCCAACAAAGGGACGGCUGCCUCCCUAACGGACACACAAUCUAAACACAUUUACCCCUGUGCUUGCAUUAGGCUUUAUUUGGAAUAGCUGGGCACGUCUCAAGCCUUGGCAAGCAGAUGAGUAGGUUCGUGUGUGUGGCUCUCCGCACCCGUGGGAACCGGCCCCCAGGACAGCAGCCCAAAACUGC